GCCCCGCCCCUGGAGACGCGCGGCGGCGAAGGCCUCUCCCACUAGCCGAGUGUACAGCAAGGGGGCGGCUGGGCCGUGGCCCUGCGGCCACCAUGAAGCUAACGCGAAAAAUGGUCCUGUCCCGAGCCAAAGCUUCGGAGCUGCACAGCGUGCGGAAGCUCAACUGCUGGGGCAGCCAGCUCACCGAUAUUUCCAUAUGUCGGGAGAUGCCCAGCCUGGAAGUGAUCACACUCAGUGUCAACUGUGUCUCCACCCUGGAACCUGUACGUGGCUGCCGACGCCUGAGUGAGCUGUACCUGAGGAGAAACCGUAUCCCUAGCCUGGAUGAGCUGUUCUACCUAAAGGACCUACCACACCUCAGGGUGCUGUGGCUGGCCGAGAACCCAUGCUGCGGCACCAGCCCACACCUCUACCGCAUGACUGUGCUGCGCAACCUACCCCACCUUCAGAAGCUAGACAACCAAGCUGUGACGGAGGAAGAACUGACUCGCGCCCUGAUGGAGGGAGAUGAGAUCACCGCUGCCCCAGGCAGAGAGGACGCAGGCAGUAGCCAUCCCGAGCCCUCCUACACCCUCAGCUCUGUCAGUUCUACAACUGAGACCAACCAGGGCCUGCUGAGCUACACAGAGGAAACAGACAGAGUCCAGGGCCAGACUGCUGGAGACCAAUCUUCUUCCUUCUCACAAAGAGAUGCUGUGAGGAGUCACAAGAAUAGGAACAUCCUGACUGCUAUUUUGCUGCUGUUGCAUGAACUGGACAUGGAGGGGCUGGAGACUGUCCAGCAGACUGUGGGCAGCCGGCUACAGACACUGCACAGGCUGGAACCCCAGGACAUGGAGUGACUUCGCAUGCCUAGCACCUGGACCCUGUUAUAUUCUGUGGAAACAGCUCCACCUGGAAAGCCUCCCUCUGGGUUCCCAACACCAGACCAGUGCAGGAACAGUGGCUGACAGCUGAGCAGACCCCUCUCCUGUACCUGAGGUUUGGCAGAGACGCUGCCCACAUGCAUGGUCCUUCAGACUUACCAGCUGAGACCUUGAGUGUGUAGGCACUACCUGGCCCUUCUUCAAGGGAGGACUGUACAAGCCAUACCCUCCAAUAAAGCACUUUGUUUGGGCC